AUGGGUUUGCAAUCUGUGACUGGUAUUGUACUCCCUCUCUUAGUUCUUGUAGGAUUGGUGUUAGUAGUUCAAGGUAAAAGCAGCAAAAUUCCAACGACCCUUGAAGGACCCUUCAAGCCUGUUACUGUCCCUCUUGAUCAACGCUUCCGUGGACAUGCCGUGGAUUUACCCGACACCGAUCCUCGGGUGAAAAGGACUGUGAAAGGGUUUCAGCCUGAACAAAUCUCAGUUUCUCUCUCUUCAACUUUUGAUUCAGUUUGGAUAUCUUGGAUCACUGGGGAAUUCCAAAUAGGUGACAAAAUAAAACCACUGGAUCCGGCCACUGUUGGGAGUGUGGUUUACUAUGGGAAAUGGAGAUUGAAUGAGAAAGCAACGGGUCAUUCACUCAUUUACAAUCAGCUCUAUCCUUUUGAAGGUCUUCAGAACUACACUUCAGGAAUUAUACACCAUGUCCGCCUCACAGGUUUGAAGCCUGACACUUUGUACUAUUACCGAUGUGGAGAUCCAUCUAUACAAGCAAUGAGUAAUCUUUAUUACUUCAAGACUAUGCCGGUUUCUGGUCCCAGGAGUUACCCAAAGAGGAUUGCAUUGGUGGGGGACCUUGGUCUUACUUACAACACAACUUCAACAAUCGACCACUUGAGGAGGAACCGUCCUGAUCUUAUUCUGUUGAUUGGAGAUGUAUGUUAUGCUAACAUGUACCUGACAAAUGGAACUGGUUCAGAUUGCUAUUCUUGCACAUUUAAAAAUACUCCCAUACAUGAGACAUAUCAGCCUCGUUGGGACUAUUGGGGAAGAACCAGGACCCGUCACUUGGAUUCUACACAUUAUGAGCCUCUGGUGUCAAGAGUUCCAAUAAUGGUGGUAGAAGGGAACCACGAGUUAGAAGAGCAAGUUGGAAAAAAGACAUUUGAAGCUUAUAGUUCUCGGUUUGCCUUCCCCUCUGAAGAAAGUGGAUCUCCAUCCAAAUUCUACUAUUCUUUCGAUGCAGGGGGCAUACAUUUUAUAAUGCUUGGUGCAUACAUAAAUUUUAACAGAUCAGGGGAUCAAUACAAGUGGUUGGUGAGAGAUCUAGCUAAGGUCAAUCGAAAAGUAACGCCGUGGUUGGUUGCAACAUGGCAUCCACCCUGGUACAACAGCUACAAAGCGCACUACAGGGAAGCGGAGUGCAUGAUGACAUCGAUGGAAGAACUGCUAUAUAAUUAUGGUGUCGACUUAGUCUUUAAUGGACACGUUCAUGCUUAUGAGAGGUCAAACAGAGUAUACAACUAUACCUUGGAUCCCUGUGGUCCUGUCUAUAUCACAAUUGGAGAUGGUGGCAACAGAGAAAAGAUGGCAAUUUUACAUGCUGAUGAACCGGGCAACUGUCCACGCCCAUCUAUCAAACCAGAUAAAAUUGGUGGAUUCUGUGCACACAAUUUUACAUCAGGACCAGCAGCUGGUAAGUUCUGCUGGGAUCGACAACCUGAUUAUAGCGCAUUUAGAGAGAGUAGCUUUGGCCACGGGAUUUUAGAGGUGAAGAAUGCAACACAUGCUCUAUGGACAUGGCACAGGAAUCAAGACAUGUACAACAAAGCUGGAGAUCAGAUUUACAUAGUAAGGCAACCUGGGAAAUGCCCAGUUAAACGCCAGGUAACUAAUCUUUGUUUUUAUAGUAGACGACUUUUGAAUGAAACAACUGGACCAAAACAGCAAUUGCUACAAGGUGCUAGUACAUUUGAAGUGACCGGAGAAAAAGAAGAUCUCAGAUAA